AUGGCCGUCAUCAUGAAGAACAAGCAUGGAUUCCUCACAGGAACCAUCCCCAUGCCCUCUCCUGAGGAUCCCACCUUUCCUGCCUGGGAAAGAUGUAACAGUCUCGUUCUAUCAUGGUUGUUCUAUUCUUUUUCCCCUUCCAUCACUCAAAGCGUCAUAUACUUCUCAACCGCCUCCACUGUAUGGGAAGACCUACGAGAACGUUUUUCACAGAUUGAUUUGUUGCGAAUCGCAGAACUACAAGAAGAAGUAUAUGGACUCAAGCAAGGAAAUCAAUCAGUGACAGAUUUCUUUACCUUUCUGAAAACCCUAUGGGAAGAGCUGGAGAAUGCUAGACCCCUACCUCCGUGUAGCUGUCCAGCUAAGAAGCAUCGAAAUCAAGAUUUUGUAAUUCAUUUUUUGAAAGGGCUGGAUGAAAGAUACGCUGUUGUUGGCUCACAAGUUCUGAUGCUCGACCCUCUGCCUCCAAUUACUCGAGUCUUCGCAAUGGUGAUCCAGCAGGAGCGAAACCUUCAAAUCGCUUCUGGAAUCCUAGAUGAUCAACGCCUACUCACUGCUGCUGUCAAUACUCGCCGUCCUGCACCAGGGCGAGGCCGCGGCGGUUACUCCCAAGGGCGUGGUGUUGGCUCUAACAAGCAGUGUACCUUUUUCGACCGGGUGGGGCACACUGUCGAUGUGUGCUAUGGAAAGCAUGGGUAUCCACCCAGUCACCCGCGAUACCCCGGUCAUCCACGCCUCCCGGACCGAGCAGCUUCCCCCAGCAGUAGCGCCGCCAUGACCGUGACAUCUUUCUCUCAUUCACAUGCCCAGUUGCAAGGAAAUAGGGCAGUGAUGGGUAGCACUCCAGAACCUCUUUUGGGCCUUACUCCACAACAACAUAACACUCUGAUGGCUUACUUGAAGCAGGCCGAGGCCCAUGUGCCAGAGACUAAAGAUGAUAAGGGUUCCUCCUCCUCCCAAUCUGGGCUUCUCCCCAGUCCACGUACACAUAUCCUUUGUUCUGCAAAAACCUUUUCUAUUUUAAACAAAGAUUUUUCAAAAACUUUUAGUGAUACUUGGAUCAUAGAUUCUGGUGCUAGUGAUCAUAUUUUAAUUUAUCCUUUUUUGUCUCAUACACAAAAAUAA